UAUUUUUAUGCUGUGCCAAUCCAACACAAGUUCUUAUUUGGUUUUCUUAAAUUUGUUGUUUUAACAUUGGGUUAUAAUUCGAUGAUAGAUAAAGAGAUCUAUCCAUCUCCAUCUCCGGCCUAUAUUGGUUUCUCGCAGUAGGCAGUCCAUAUGAUGGACGGCUAGGAUCUGAUGUGAUCUUUUAUUUCUUUAUUUUUUUUUUACGUUUUUGUUUUGGCAAUGCCGCGGCUUCCUUUAAAAAAGAAGUAUACGUCCGAGCCAUGCUAGCGGAUACUCCCCCGCGUGUCCGCCAUUUCCUCUUAUUUACGUCUCCUCAUUCCUUCUCUCUUCCCGGUUCUUUCCCCCUCCCUUCUCAAAAAAAAAACCCCUUCCUGGUUUCCACACUCGGCAUCUCCGCGUCUCCACCUCCGCUAUAAAAUCCCAACCCUUCCAUCCCAAAACCCAGUCUUCUCCUUCGAAGAAGUCCUCCAAAGACCCUAAUUUGCCCUCGCUGAACCCUUACGAUGGCGGAGAUGUCGAAGCCCCAGGAGCUGGAGACCCAGAAGAAGGGAGGGGACAUCGAAUCCGGCGCCGCCGGCACCGGUGGUGGAGCGUUGUACCCCAAGAUGACGGAGGACCCCCGGCUCCGAUGGGCCUUCAUCCGGAAGGUGUACUCGAUCCUCACCGCCCAGUUCCUCUUCACCGCCGGCGUCGCCGCCGCGAUGACCUUUAUCCGGCCGAUCCCGGACUUCGUGCUCUCCCACACGCCGGCCUCGUGGGCGGCCUAUUUCGGGCUUCUCCUCUCGCCGCUCAUCGUGCUGUGGCCGAUGUUGCACUACCGAGAGCGCCAUCCGGUGAACCUGUUUUGGCUCGCGCUGUUCACGCUCUGUACCAGCUUGUCAAUCGGGGUGGUGUCUGCAACCUUAGGUGGUAGAGCUCUCCUGCAAGCUGUAAUUCUGACAGCCACGAUCCUUGUUGCUCUCACCAUCUACACAUUCUGGGCUGUCUGCAAAGGUCAUGAUUUUGCCUUUCUUUAUCCUUUCUUGUUUUCCUGCCUUCUGGUUCUGCUGGUGUUUCUCAUCAUCCAGCUUUGCUUUCCACUGACAAAGAUAGCAAGGGCAAUCUAUGGGUGUGUGUCAUCGGUUGUCUUCUCUGCCUUCAUUGUUUACGACACCAACAACCUAAUCAAGCGCCACACCUAUGAUCAAUACAUUUGCGCUGCCAUCUCCUUGUAUCUUGAUGUCAUCAAUCUCUUCAUCUCCUUGCUUACUUUCUCUGCUGCUGUUGAGUGAUCAGCCUCACCAUGGGUCCUCUCGGUCACUAUCUACUGUCAAGGCCCAAGAUGCUCCUGAAAACAUACCUUGACCGUCUUGUUAUCUGGUUAUUACAUAACUUUAGACGCUAGCACUACUUGUUCGCUGAUAUAUUGUAAUUACUCAUCGAGGAGCAAUUCUGAUAGUUGAACUGCUUCUCAGCUUUUGAAAUGCAAGUUGUUUCAAAGUGGCCUUUACUGUGCCUAAAUGCUGCUGUUUUUGCAUGUGCAAGAUUGCUGUUGAAUUGGUAAAGCUAUAUGUAGGCAAAUAUUUAUACAAAAUUUUGCAAUCAUAUCCCUCUAUCUCAAGUUAUGAAAAGCUCUCAUUGCUGUUCUCUUU